GCGCGGGCGCGGGCGCGGGCGCGGGCGGCCCCGCGGAGCCGGGCCAUGAGGUUUCCUUUGCCUGAUCUGUAAACAUGUCCUCAGACCUGCUGUGGUGUGAGGAUUGCGGUAAAAGCCUUAUAGGAGAAUGCAAGCUCCAUGGACCACUCAUCAGGGCUAAAGAUAGGGUUAUUCCUAGCCGAGCCCGUCUUACCCUACCUCAUUACCUUACCUUGCGAGUGUUGGAGCUGCGAGCUGGAAACCAGCAAAUCCUUGGAGUAUUUGCUAAGAAAGUAAUACAGAAGAGAACACAGUUUGGUCCUUAUGUUGGUCAACUGUCUACAAAACUGACCCGCUAUGAUGAGAGCAGGCUAGUCCUGCAGGUGUUGAAAGAUGGUGGGAAGUACUUUCUGGACACUCCCAAUGAGGACUGUGGAAACUGGAUGAUGUUUGUCCGAUUAGCCCGGAACCAAGAAGAACAGACUCUUGUGGCUUAUCAGCACUGCGGAGAAGUCUACUUCACAACUGUUAAGCCAAUCGAACCCCACACAGAAUUAAAAGUAUGGUAUGCUGCCGAUUAUGCCAAAUUUAUGGAAGCUUCUGCAGUCUUCAUUAAAGAAGAAUCUGACAUCUGCCCUUUGCCUGCAGUAACAACAAAAGAGACUGCAGACCCUUGGAUAUGCUCCAGCUGUAGAAACACUUUUGCAACUUUUGCUCUGCUGGAAUCUCACCAGUGCGUCAAUAAAGACCGAGUCAUUACCACCAGGUUCAGACCACCAAAUAAAUUGGGACCUGUAAAAGCAAAAAGCAAACUCAAAGGGAAGCUGAGAGGAGCAGCGUUAAGCAAAAGCAUUGCACAGUGCUACGGGACCAUUUCCUGUUCCUCUGCUGCAAAGCUUAGCUGUGCCAGCUCAGGAAGCACUUGUGAUGCUCUUGUGAGGUUUAUACCUAAAUGGAGAAAUGGCCGGUCUUCACUGUUGAAGGGAAGAGAAGUGAAGCAGCCAGACAAUUACCCGUGCCGACUCUGUGGGAAGAUAUUUGAUUCCAUUGAAAAGCUCACCGUCCACACUUAUGCGCACAAAGGGGAGCGCCCCUACAAGUGUUCACAGCACGGAUGCACAAAAGCCUUCAUUUCCAAAUAUAAACUGCUCAGGCACUCAGCCACUCAUUCUCCCCAGAAAUCUCACCAAUGUGGCUACUGUGAAAAGACCUUUCACAGGAAAGACCAUCUGAAGAAUCACCUUCAAACUCAUGACCCUAACAAGAUGGCCUUCAAGUGUGAAGAGUGUGGCAAGAAAUACAACACCAAGCUAGGCUAUAAGAGACACUUGGCUCUUCAUGCAGCCACCAGCGGGGACCUUACCUGUAGGGUAUGCACCCAAGAGUUUGGAGGUACCGAAGUUUUGUUGGAACAUCUCAAGAGUCAUGCAGGAAAACCAACUGGCAAUAUCAAGGAAAAGAAACACAAAUGUGACCAUUGUGAGCGUCAUUUCUAUACCCGUAAAGACGUGCGGCGACACAUGGUAGUUCACACGGGCUGCAAAGACUUUCUAUGCCAGUUUUGUGCCCAGCGGUUUGGGCGAAAGGACCACUUGACUCGCCAUACUAGGAAGACUCAUCCACAAGAGCUGCUGAAGAGCAGGUUGCAGAAUGGUGACUCACUGGGUCUCCUCGACCAGCUUCUUCCAUUCAGACUGAAGGAAGAUGCCAGCAUACUGUCCUCUUUUCCUGACAGGGUCUCUACGCAGAACGGGGUUCUGAACAGCUCAGAACCAGAGGAAUACAACUGUUCGCAUCUUCACUCCCAGCCAAGCCUACAAACUGCUCUUCCUCUUGAACCUCCUCCUUAUUUACAAAGGAUGGGCUGUGUAGACAGCCUUUCAGCUGUCCAUCCCACACCAUGCCCAACAACCAUUCCUGCCAACCUGAACCUUCAUCAGCCUAAUAAAUAUGACCUUAGUUCUACCUCACUUGCAGCAGGAGCCCUCAAGAAUCUGCCGAUCAAAGUGGAUGUUAAAGGUUACAACGUGCAUCUUCUUGAGGACCUGCCAUUAUCAGAACCUCAGUUGCUUCACAAAAUCAAUCAUCUGGAACAAGCAUCCUCAGGGCCUACAGGUGAUACUAAUAAGUAUCCAGUGCACAAGGAGACAGAGAUUGUGGCUGAAACUACCAGCAUGCCUUUCAUGGAUCUCACUCAUAUAAUGAGCUUCUGGCAGCUCCCAUCGUGCGACAACCAGAGCACUACUGGGGACAUCACAAUGGCAUUUGGUCCAGAAGAACCAUCACACAGGCUGAAUGGCCUUGGCCAGCAGCAAGGUCCACCGUUAGCUGCCAGUGGCAUGGCCAUAAACCAGCUGCAGCAUGUUCCUCGCUCCUUUCCAUCCACUACAAAUUCUGUAACAUUGCCUCAUUUUCACCAUGCCUUCAAAUAACUUCAAAUAACUAUCAGCUUUUGAGGGGAGUAAGGGGGAGGUUGUUUGUUUGGGGUUUUUUAGACUAUGCUUCUUACUUAAAUCUAUUAGGAAAGAUUUUUUUUUAAUGAAAAAACUAUCCCAAAUGUUUUCAAAGUGCAUUAUGAAGAUGGUAGAUCAACUCAGAACAUUAAUAAACGAGAAGGUCUAUUUUCAUACUACCAUUAGUUUUUAGCAUAUGACGGUAGUAAGACUAACAUAUUUCCCUCAACACUCUCCAUGUUUUUUGUUUUUUACAUUUCAACUGAACAGAAUAAAUAUCAUCUUCAAUAGAAAUUCAAAGCAUCCAUAACAGGCACAGUAGAAUUAUGGCCGCUUUAGGAGGCGAGAGAGGGUUAGGGUAAAUGGAAAGAAGGCGGGGAGGGAGGGUGAAAAACAUCACAGAAAAAUGCAACUUUAGUGAGCCAUAUAUCACUGUAGAUGUAUACACAUAACAAACUGUUAAGAUGGAUGAUUUAUGAACAUCACCUAGAUUUCAAUGUAAAGCACUUACUAAAUUACUGAACUGUAUGAAUUUUUAAUUUAAAUCAAAAUCAUUCCAAGAGGAAAUAUUAUCUCCUUGUUUUGCUUUUUAAAAAUGAACAAAAUCACUGCUGUGAUUAUGUUUAACUAGAUUUCAUUUUCUGAAAUACACUUCAGCUGUGUGCAUCUCCUACAUUAUUCCUAGGAUUGGAAAAAACUACCACUGCUGCCUGAUAUUAUGUAAGAACAGAUGUCCAGUAUACAUGGUGUUUUCAGGAGGGGAAAUGAAUUGUCUCAAAGGUUACAAUAAAACAUAUCAUUUCCUUUUAGAACCUGAUCUGGUGAGAUAUUAGACACCAGUCUCACUCUAGUAGAGCACUUAAGCAAUUACUUAAAUUUAAACCUGUGUUGGCUCAACAUCUUGCUUGAUUUAACGCUCAAUAAAAAUAGUACUUCCUACCUAAGGGGCCUUUAGUCACCUUCUGUUGAUUAAAAUGGCCUCUGUUUAGUCUGGGAAAUGAUUAUUAAUUAUAGCCAGCUGAAGCCUGCAUUCCUUGGCAGCUCGCCGGCCCUGGCAAGGUGGCCUGCACAGGGGAGCCCGCAGGUGAGCUGAGCUGCUGUUGGGUCAGUGUCCACCCCACAUGCCCGAGGGCUGUGGUGGUCAUCGCAAUGCACCUCGCCCUGUGUGCUGUUCAAGGCCGUGGGAUGUGAACCUGCCUCAGACCUGUCACUGAAGUUAACAGGAAUGAUAAUGGUCACGGUCAUUUUAAUUCUGUGGAAUUGCCUCAAAAAUUUUGGACAUUUACUGUUAGCCUGUGUUUCUUCCAAGUCAGGACAUUAGGGUUGUUUGUUGCCUUUCUUAGGUUGUCCACAUGUAUUUCCAGAUGACAGCAUAUUGGUGUCACCAGUCCUUUCCCCUGACAAAUGAACUAGCAGAAACUGCAAAAAACGUACCUCCUAGUAAAUUACAUUAUUUAAAAAAAAUUUUUAAAAAAUAUCAGAAUUUGCUUUCUUGUCUAACUCCUAUUUAUAUAAAAAUAAAAUCCUCCUAUUUUGGGGGUAUGGUGCUAUUGCUAAUAUAGCCUGUUGCAGCUAAAACAUGCAUAAUUCCUGAAUCUCUAUUACCAUCUCAUGAUCUGAGAUCUAUUUUUCCAUUAAACUCAAAGAGGGUUAAUAGUACCUAAUCAUUAGUACAGGCGUAGCGUGGAAUAAGCGUGUUCCCCCCCACCCCCGCCAUUAAUCACAGGAGUAUUUAAGGACAGCUUCAAAUAAUCAGUGUUGUAAUGAUGAUUGAUUGUUAUUUUCAUAUUAAUGAACUACAAUGACAGAUCUGAAUAUUUUUAUAAGUUUAUCAGCAUUUAGAUUAAGAAAAGAUUGUAAUACUGCAGAUGGUUGAAGAGUAUAUAUUUCAGAUAAACUGUUGAGGGGUUUUUAUGAUGAAAAUGAGAUUUUUGGCAUAAGACAAAACAAAAGAUUUUUUUUUUUAAUGAUUCUUGUAAUAGCAACAGCAAUAGGAAGAGUGGAUAGCUGCAUAUUAUUUUUCAGUUAGUGGCUGUUUAAAUUAUGAAUUCCAGAAUAGUGAAAAAGUUGAAAACAAUA